AUGUGCCUUUUAGACAUUGCUGUCUCUCUGUUCAUUUUAUCUCCACUGAUUCCGUAUUUGUCCCGUAAGACAGAGAGGUGGUUCUUGAUAACACGACUAACUUCUCAACCGUAUCUACACACCCAGCGCACGAUAUCUCUUUCCUGUAGCUACAGUGCUUCUCAACGGUAUCUACACUCGCUAGCAAAACAUCAAGUUCCGGUAUUUUCAGCGGUUGUUCACGAUCCCUGGACUACUGUGAGAGGCCGCUCGAUACGGGAAUUUCUGCGAUCAUCCGCGGCCCAGAUAUCUUCUGCUUACAAUCUACCGUUCCGGACAUCUGCUAUGUCGCCAGUUAUUUGUUGUCGCAACACUAACCUUCUAGAUUCUUCGUCACCAUAUUCCCAGAGUAUUCGUAUGUUCGCUCCACCAACCUUAUUUGGAGUUCAUCGUCAUCGCCCUACCUGUGUAUACGUACUGAUCGCGACACCAAUCUUUUCCGUAGGUCUUCGUCAUCUUACCCUCAAAGCAAUCAUGCUGGCCAUAUACCAAACCAUACCGAAGCACAUUGGUGUUUUUUUUUUUUACCCCCAACGUUUGCUGUUGGCGAACAUAUUGGUUUCCUGUGCCCACAGCUUACCUCUCCUCGAAAAAUCGACUGUUCCAAAUUUUUCGCGGGAGAGUUGCUGA